AUGCCUCGAAAAUUGCGGGCUGCCGCCCAAGCGGCAGCAAAGUCAAUGCGAAAUGCGCCGCAGAUCCCCGACGUGUCCGAUGAGGAAAUGUUAGAUGCUCCGCCAUCGCAACCAUCUUCACCAAUACCCGACUACCACGAUUCGCCUGAGAAUGAUCCCGAUGUAGAGCCUGAACCUACAAGUGACGCGGAACCUGAUGUGGAUGCCGAAGCUGCCACGCCUGAGGGUUCAAAGGCCGAGGAACCCGUCACUGCCGAAACUCCUGUAGUUGAAGAUACAACACAAAUCCAAGGCGCAGAUGAUACGCCCACUUUCACGGGAGGUCGCCAAUCAGCCGUUCCCCGAAAGCGUCGCAUCGGUCGUCCGCCCAAGAAUCGCCCACCAGACUGGGAUGCGCCAGAUGGCCCUGACACACCACUUCGAGUAACAACCCCUGUUAAGCGUCGCAGAGGUCGACCAGCUGCUAGCGGUGGACGUUGGGCACGUAAUCGUGGCCCCUCACAUAAUACUCAAGUACCCAUUGACAAGGAAGGAAAUAUGAUGGAUGUGAUCAACGACGAAGUCUCUAUACCGCCCAAUCCUCAAGGAGCUACAAAAGUCGACGAUAAUGGCCAUCUGCUUGGUGGGCGCGAGUACCGAGUUCGCACAUUCACUAUUAUGAACCGCGAUGAUCGACUUUACAUGUUAUCGACGGAGCCUGCGCGAUGCAUUGGUUUCCGUGACUCGUAUCUCUUUUUCCAGAAGCAUAAGAUGCUGUACAAGAUCAUUAUUGAUGAUGAUGCAAAGCGAGAUUUGAUUGAACGUGAUUUAAUUCCGCACUCCUACAAGGGUCGCGCUAUCGGUGUUGUCACUGCGCGUUCGGUGUUCCGUGAGUUUGGUGCGAAGAUCAUCGUGGGUGGUAAGAAGGUCGUCGAUGAUUAUGAUGAACAAGCCGCGCGUGAUCGUGGUGAUGUGGAAGGUGAGCUGGCUGUUCCUGAAGAUAAGCUGCCCGGUCCUGGUGAACCCUACAAUCGGAAUCAAUAUGUAGCUUGGCAUGGAGCUAGCAGUGUCUAUCACACAAAUGCGCCAUCUGUACCUAUGAUUGGUGGUAAGCCCGUUGAUCUUAAGAAGCGACGCGUGCCUGUAACGGAUGACAACUGGAUGCUUGAGCAUGCCCGUGCAGCAAGUGCAUAUAACUCGAAGCUUUCUGAAAUGCGCCGCUCCACAAUGGGAGGCCAAUAUGACAUACACACCAACGCAAUGCAAUAUCCCCAGAUCAUGCAGCCAACUCACGUUCGCUUCGAACGUGUGGCUCCGCCCGAUUCCGAAGUCCGCACAUCUGCUCUGAUGAACGACAUGUCAUCUCUCACCAUCGCGAGCAAGGAAAACCCAACCAUCACAGACAGCGCAAGCGCCAAUCCUGAAUCCAUCAUUGAAUCCGCUGAUAAUACCACCACCGCCGAGGAGCCUGUUUCAAUAUUCCCUCCUGUCCCCAAGUCAUUCUCAGAUCGUCACGUAAUCCAGGAUAUCACCUACGAAUCCCCACAACAUUCUAACUUGGGCAUCCCAGGCCCAGAUGGCGAUUUGAAGGAUAUAGGCUCGAAUGGGUUCGUCAGCAUCGCUAAUCCCAAGAAUACGGAGUUCAUGAAUCCCGAACUCAUCGCCCUACUGCCUGACGAAUGCAAGGAGGCUCUUCUCGACCAUGCCGCUGCAGAAGUAGAGUGGAAGUCAAGAUGGUCAGGUGAAAGUACUGAUGGCGCUCGUUCGCAGCCCCGUCCUAGUGUUACGUGGUUUCUAUGA